UGCGCGCACCGAACCACUCGCUUUGCGUCUCUAUCUAAGAAAGAGAAAAUAAAAUAAGAAUAUAAAAUAAUUAGCGUUUCUCGAGUUAGUGCGACGUGUACUCCAGUCUUUCCGCCAUUUCGAAAGAUAAGCAAUUUACACUCGCAAUUUGUCGCUGUUUCCAAUGAAACUUGGAACGCAGAAAAUCAUGCGUCGCGUUAUGUGAAAUGUGAUCCGUUUUACACGCAUUUCUAUAUCGAGUGCAACGAAGUGAUAACCGAUAUCGUUGUAUAGGAACUUUAACUAGAGUCGAGAAGGGUAGUUUAAAUGAAGGUAACAGUCAGCAGCACAAAGUUUUUCAAAUCGGCUUUGAGUCGUUUUCGUCGUUUUUGCUGUUCGCCUUCUCCCGACGUGGCUCUCUCUCUAUCGUCUCGAAUAAGAAACAGGAAAAAAAAAGAAAAGAAAAGAAAAGAAAAGAAAUAAAAUAUGGGAACCUCAGAGAAUCGGGAGUCGGAAGCGUCCGGCGCGGUUUUGGCGAACGUUAGCGUCGCGCGUCGGCAGCAAUAACCAGAUGCGAUCUUGUGUGUUUCGCCGAUCACCUCGGCACCACUCGACAGGCCUGUCGAAGGGCGUCGGCUUCAUAAGGUUCGACCAGCGCGUCGAGGCCGAGCGGGCGAUCCAGGAGCUGAACGGCACCAUACCGAAGGGCUCGUCCGAGCCGAUCACCGUCAAGUUCGCCAACAAUCCCAGCAACAACAACAAGGCGAUACCGCCGUUGGCCGCCUAUCUCGCACCACAGGCCACGCGGCGCUUCGGCGGGCCGAUCCACCAUCCGACCGGCCGCUUCAGGUACAUUCCACUGUCGCCACUAUCCAGGUACCUACUCGCCUCUACUCGCUCUACCCAAGGAUUUUCACUAUCUCUCUCUAACUUUUC